CUUUUUGUUAUAUUUGUUAUCACAUGAUUGAUUCAAGAAAACAUUAAAAUUUGGGUUUUUUCUGCUAAAUUAACUUAAUUGGGGAUUUUAAGGCUUACUCCUUUAGUAAAUAAUGACCGACCCAUUAAUUUGGUAACUACGGAAUUUAAAGUUAUACUUAGGGAAAAGUUUGUUAAAUCAUAAAUGUAGGAAGACAUUUAUAUAAAUAUGAGUAGAUCUUGGGGCUUUGAAGAAUAAACCAGCUAUGGAAAUAAACACUGAAAUUAAGAAUGAGCCUCUUGCGAGUGAUCAAGAGUAUCAGCUAUCCGUGUCCCUAGAUCUGGAAGGCCUGAAGAAUGAACCAAAGGCAGAAUCAGCUAAGGAAAUAAAAACUGAAAUUAAGAAUGAAUCUCUUGAGGGUGACCAAGAAUAUGUAGAGUAUCAGCAAUUCACGUCCCUAGAUCUGGAAUAUUUGAAAAAUGAACCAGAGGAACACUUAGAUAUGGAAAUAAAAACUGAAAUUAAGAAUGAAUCCCUUGAGGAUAACCAACAAUAUUAUAUAGAGUAUCAGCCAUCCACGUCCCUAGAUCUGGAAGACUUGAAGAAUGAAUCAGAGACAGACUCAGAUCUUUCCCAGAAGAACCGAGUGGAAACUAUACAUUCGUUACCUGCACUUUUAUUUAAAAAACAAGGAACUAUGGAGGAGCCUAAAAGAAGUCCAAACUAUGAAGAAACAACACUAAAAUAUUCUGCAUGUUCUGAAGAUUUCUCCGGUAUAAAUAAUUUAAACAAAAUUACAAUCAUUAAGACUGAAGAAGGGCUUUACAAAUGUGAAAUUUGUUUUAAGGAAUUUCGUUUUGCAGGCAACUUGAAAAAGCAUUUCAGAGUCCACACUGGUGAAAAGCCUUACAAGUGUGAAAUCUGUUUUAAAGAAUUUCGUCUAGCAGAUAGUUGGAAAAAGCAUUUGAAAGUGCACACUGAAGAAAAGUCUUAUACGUGUAAAAUUUGUUUUAAGCAGUUUAUCAGAGAAUGGGGUUUGAAAAAGCAUUUGAGAGUGCACACUGGAGAAAAGCCUUACAAGUGUGAAAUCUGUUUUAAAGAAUUUCGUCGAGCAGAUAGUUGGAAAAAGCAUUUGAAAGUACACACUGAAGAAAAGUCUUAUGAGUGUAAAAUUUGUUUUAAGCAGUUUAUCAGAGCAUGGGGUUUGAAAAAGCAUUUGAGAGUCCACACUGGUGAAAAGCCUUACAAGUGUGAAACUUGUUUUAAGCAGUUUAGUGACCAAGGAACUUUAAAAAGUCAUUUGAGAAUACACACUGGAGAAAAUCCUUACAAGUGUGAAAUUUGUUUUAAGGAAUUUCGUUUCGUAGGCAGCUUGAAAAAGCAUUUGAGAGUGCACACUGGAGAAAAGCCUCACAAGUGUGAAAUUUGUUUUAAAGAAUUUCGUCUAGCAGAUAGUUGGAAAAAGCAUUUGAAAGUGCACACUGAAGAAAAGUCUUAUGAGUGUAAAAUUUGUUUUAAGCAGUUUAUCAGAGCAGGGGGUUUGAAAAGUCAUUUGAGAGUGCAUAAUGGAGAAAAGCCUUACAGGUGUGAACUUUGUUUUACGCAGUUUUCUCAAAUAGGUAAUUUGAAAAUGCAUUUGGCAGUGCAUACUGGAGAAAAGCCGUUCAAAUGCAAAAUUUGUUUGAAGCAGUUUAGUCGAGCAGGUAAAUUGAAAAUUCAUAUGAUGGUGCACAGUGGCAAAAAACCUUACAAGUGUGAAAUUUGUUUUAAGCAGUUUAGCGUAGCAAGCAAUUUGAAAAAGCAUUCGAGAGUGCAUACUGGGGAAAAGCCUCACGAAUGUGAAAUUUGUCUUAAGCUGUUUAGCGCAGUAGACAAUUUGAAAAAGCAUUUGAGAGUGCACACUGGGGAAAAACCAUACAAGUGUGAAAUUUGUUUUAAUCAAUUUAUUCAAGCAAGUGAUUUGAAUAUACAUUUGAGAAGACACACUGGAGAAAACCCUUAUGAGUGUGAAAUCUGUUUUAAACCGUUUGACAAAGCAGGCAAUUUGAAAAUUCAUAUGAGAGUGCAUACUGGUGAAAAGCCUUAUAAAUGCGAAAUUUGUUUUAAGCAGUUUAGCGUUGCAAGCAGUUUGAAAAAGCAUAUGAGAGUGCAUACUGGGGAAACGCCUUACAAGUGUGAAAUUUGUUUUAAGCAAUUUACUCAGUCACAUAAUUUAAAAAGGCAUAUGAGAAUCCACACUUAGUCACACAUUGAUGGUGCCCAGAAAAUUGUUUUUAAAUGAAGAAACCGAAAAGUUAGGUUAUAUGUGUUUAAGAAGAAUCGGAAAUGGAAAAAUAGUUUGACAACGACGCACUUGACCACUGUGUGAUGUCCUUUCAUUCUUAUCGUAAGAAAGCUGUAUUAUACAAGGUGUCCCAAAAGUAGCGGAACGGUCGACUAUUUCGCGAACUAAACAUCGGAUCAAAAAACUGAGAAAUACGUGUUCAAUCAUUUUCAAAGAUCUAUCCAAUGACACCAAACACCAAUCCCCCCUACACCCCCUGGAGGUGAGCUGGAGGGUAACUUUAAAAUCUCAAAUGGAAACCCCUAGUUUUUCUUACAGAUUUGAAUUCGUUACGUAAAAGUAAGCAACUUUUAUUCAAGACAUUUUUCCGAACUGUGGAUAGAUGGCGCUAUAAUUGGGAAAAACCAUUUAUCCUGAUAUCACAGGUAAAUUAUAGAAACGGUCUAAUAUCUCGAGAAAUACACUUCCAAAUGAGGAGCCAAAAAAAAGGCUUCUAAUACUUUUCGAAAACCUAUCGAAUAACACCAAACAUGACCCUCCAACCCACCCCCUGGAGGUGGGGUGGGGGGUAACUUUAAAAUCUUAAAUAGCAACCCCACUUUCAAUUACAGAUUCGGAUUCGUCAUGAAAAAUAAAGCAACAUUUAUUUAAAACAUUUUUCAUAAUUGUUGAUAGAUGGCGCUUUCAUUGGAAAAAUACGAUUUAUUAGCGCCAUCUAUCAGCAAUUUUAAAAAAUGUUUCGAAUAAAUGUUGCUUAAUUUUUCAUGACGAAUUCGAAUCUGCAAUAAAAAAUGGGGGUUGCUAUUUAAGAUUUUAAAGUUACCCCCCACCCCUCCUCCAGUGGGUGAGUUGGGUGGUCAUGUUUGGUGUUAUUCGAUAGGUUUUCGAAAAGUAUUAGAAACUUUUUUUUGGUUUCUCAUUUGGAAGUGUAUUUCUCGAGAUAUUAGACCGUUUCUAUAAUUUACCUGUGGUAUCAGGAUAAAUUGUUUUUCCCAAUUAUAGCGCCAUCUAUCCACAGUUCGAAAAAAUGUCUUGAAUAAAAGUUGCUCACUUUUACGUAUCGAAUCCAAAUCUGCAAGAAAAACUGGGGGUUUACUUGAGAUUUUAAAGUUACCCCCCACCCCACCUCCAGGGGGUGUAGUGGGGGUUGGAAUUUAGUGUCAUUGGAUAGAUUUUUGAAAAUGAUUGAAUACGUAUUUUUCAGUUUUUCGAUCCGAUGUUUAUUUCGCAAAAUAUGCGACCGUUCCACUACUUUUGGGACACCCUAUAUAUAAUUACAUUAUUAUAUACAGUGUUUCAUUGGGAAACGGAAAUACUUGAAUGGUGAAUAGAGGUCGCUUAGGCGGUUCUAGAUAUACUACAUUUAUUACUGUUAUUUAUAACCGAGUUACAGGGUGUUUUAUUGACUUUGCCCAUUCAUUUCUGGACCCAUAACUUUAGAACCACCCUGUAGAUUUUUUGAUAUUUGGUACGCCUAUGUUUCAUUUAGAACCUAAACCAUCCAACUACUAAUCACAACAAAAAUCCAGGUCCGGACUAAAAGAAAAUUAUAAACUCAUUGUGACCUUGAAACAACACCCUGUAUCUUAAAAUUUUCACAAUUCGCUUGCAUAUUUGAAAAGAGCAGAAAAAAAAAGUUUCGGUUCGCUUCAAUUUUUUGGCCAGAUAAUUUAAUGACUAAUUUUGAAAUUUUAAUAAAAUUUUUGAGAACUCGGAUUAAAAAGCAGGUAUUAUUAACUUUUACUAAUAAAUUAUUGAAAUUAAUGAACAGAUACUUAUGUUCACAAUACAAAUGUUUACUACAUUCUAACGACCCAUUUAGUACUCACAAGAAAAAUCCAGGUUCGGAUUAACAAACAAACAAAGUAAUUAUGACCUUGAAAAAACACCCUGUAUAUUGAAACUUUUAAAAUCCUGCAAAUCCUUAAAUCUUGCACAUUUGAAAAGAGCACAGAAAACUGAGUUUACAGUUUGGAUUUAAUUUUUUGCGCAUAAAAUUUAAUGACUUUAAUUUUGAAAUAAAAAAAUACAUUGAAAUUUUUUAGAACUCUAAUUUUAAAAAUAGUCAAUACCUAUUUACUACAUUGGAACGACCCACAUACUGAUCUCAACAAAAAUCCAGGUCCGGAUUAACAAAAAAAUAUAAAGUAAUUGUGACCUUGAAACAACUCCCUGUAUGUAUAUUGAAAUUUUCAAAAUCCGUAUGCACAUCCGAAAAGAGCACAAAAAACUAAGUUUAACGUUUCUCUUCCAUUUUUUGCACAGGCAAUUUAAUGACUUUAAUUUCGAAAUUAUCUCGAAAUUUUUUAAGAACUCUAUCAAAAAUUUCAAAAAUAUAUUAUGUAUUUAAAAAAUAAUGGCAUUAAAUUGUCUGCGCAAAAUUGAAGAGCGAAAAUUACUUUGUUUUUUUGUUAAUCCGGACCUGUAUUUUUCUUCUGGUUACUAAAUGGUUCGUUCCAAUGUAGUAAAUAAUUAUGGAUUAUUGUUAAAAUAAGUAUAUGGUUAAUUAUUUCAAUCAUUUAUUAGUAAAAAUUAAUAAUACCUGUUUUUUAAUCUCAGAGUUCUUAGAAAUUUUAGUAAAAUUUCAAAAUUAAAGUCAGUAAAUUGUCUGGCAAAAAAAUUGAAGCGACCCAUUAGACUUAAACUUGGGGUUUUCUGCUCUUUUUAAAUAGGCAAACGAAUUUUGAAAAUUUUAAUAUACAAGGUGUUGUUUCAAGGUCACAAUGAAUUUAUAAUUUUUUUUAGUCCAGACCUGGAUUUUUCUUGUGGUUAGUAGUUGGAUGGUUUGUAACUCAGUUAUAAACAAGGGUGGGGCCAUAAAUGUAGUAUAUCUAGAACCGCCUCAGUGACCUCUAUUCACCACUCAAGUAUUUCCGUUUUCCAAUGAAACACCCUGUAUAUACUUAGUUAAAUAUAAAGCUACAUUAUAACUUUAUACAAGGUGUCCCAAAAGUAGCGGAACGGUCGAAUAUUUCGCGAACUAAACAUCGGAUCGAAAAACUGAGAAAUACGUGUUCAACCAUUUUCAAAAAUCUAUCUAAUGACACCAAACACCAACUCCCACUACACUCCUUGGAGGUGGGGUGGGGGGUAACUUUAAAAUCUUAAAUGGAAACCCCCAGUUUUUCUUGCAGAUUUGGAUUCAUUACGUAAAAGUAAGCAACUUUUAUUCAACCCAUUUUUCGAAAUGUGGAUAGAUGGCGCUAUAAUUGGGAAAAACGAUUUAUCCUGAUACCAUAGGUAAAUUAUAGAAACGGUCUAAUAUCUCGAGAAAUACACUUCCAAAUGAGAAACCAAAAAAAAAGGAUUUUAAUACUUUUCGAAAACCUAUCGAAUGACACCAAACAUGACCCUCCAACCCACCCCCUGCCUCCAACCCACCCCCUGGAGGUGGGUUGGGGGUAACUUUAAAAUCUUAAAUAGCAACCCCCACUUUUUAUUGCAGAUUCGGAUUCGUCAUGAAAAAUUAAGCAACAUUUAUUUGAAACAUUUUUUAAAAUUUUUGAUAGAUGGCGCUUUAAUUGGAAAAAUACGAUAUAUUAGCGCCAUCUAUCAGCAAUUUUAAAAAAUGUUUCCAAUAAAUGUUGCUUAAUUUUUCAUGACGAAUUCGAAUCUGCAAUAAAAAGUGGGUGUUGUUAUUUAAGAUUUUAAAGUUACCCCCACCCCACCUCCAGGGGGUGGGUUGGAGGGUCAUGUUUGGUGUUUAUCGAUAGGUUUUCGAAAAAUAUUAAAAACCUGUUUUUUGGUUUCUUAUUUGAAAGUGUAUUUCUCGAGAUAUUAGACCGUUUCUAUAAUUUACCUAUGGUAUCAGGAUAAAUCGUUUUUCCCAAUUAUAGCGCCAUCUAUCCACAGUUCGAAAAAAUGCCUUGAAUAAAAGUUGCUUAGUUUUACGUAACGAAUCCAAAUCUGCAAGAAAAAUUGGGGGUUUCCAUUUGAGAUUUUAAAGUUACCCCCACCCCACCUCCAGGGGGUGUAGUGGGGGUUGGUGUCUGGUGCCAUUGGAUAGAUUUCUGAAAAUUAUUGAAUACGUAUUUUUCAGUUUUUCAAUCCGAUGUUUAUUUCGCGAAAUAUUCGACCGUUCCGCUACUUUUGGGACACCCUAUAUAAUACGUCCACCGAAAGUAGCAAUUCCCUAUUUAUUACAAGUAGGUAUAAAGUUGUUCUUAUACACUGAGCAGCAAAAUUAACGCACCACCUUAAAAAUGGGACAUUUUUGAUACGUGCAUUUGGCGUGCAUACGGGUCAUAUUACCCGUGUGCACGCCAAUGGUGAAUAUAAAAUUCUUAAUUUUAUGUCAAAAAAAUGAGCAAUAACUACCUCUUAAAACCUACCAAAUUUCAUUUGCAUAUCUCAACCGGUUUUAGAGCAAUAAAUAAAUCAUCAGUUGGUAAGAAAAAAUUCAACAUCCCGCAUCUCGGAAAUGAAGCAUUUGCGGACAUAUGUUUAUCAAGUAAACGGUCAUUAUUUUUUCAUGCAGAAUUCCCCUUAAAGUUUGUCGCACUUAUUUAGAAACACCCUGUAUUGAUAAAGAACUGUACUAGUUGUUAAAGUACCUAACUUUUUAAUUAUCCAACAUAAGCGAAUGAAUCAGAAAACAAAAUGUUAAGAAAGCCUAAGGCUACAGUUGAGUUUUAAUUUCAAGAUUUUAUAUAGGCUAGAAUAUUCCACAGGGUGUUCCAAAAUUUGAGGUAAAAAAAACAGUCUCAUUGUUACACCCGGUAUACAAUGACACUUACCGGUUUAGCAACAAUAUUGCUACAUCGAUAUUCGAUUCUUGAAGAAUAAGGAUAUAAUAUACUAAAAAAAUCACUCAAAUCGGACAGGUUUAGGAAAUUCGAGACAUCAAAAAUGUUCCAUUUUUAAAGUGGUGCGUUAAUUUUGCUCUUUAGUGUAAUUUGUCAAACGGAUAGAACUUGAAUUGACUAUUUCUUGUUAUUUUGACUAUUUUUACAAUACAUAAGACAUCAUUUGCAAAUACAGUGGAACCCCGAUAAGUCGGCCUCCGAUAACCCGGAAGUCCGGCUAACCCGAACCGAUUUUCAUCAGACAAAACAAACAUUUUUUCACUUUGACUAAGUUUUUUACCAAGAAAUAAAUAAUACUGUAUACAACUGUACGUAAUUUAGAUGUAUUGUGCAUAUUUUAUGUAUUUCAUGUUUUUGCAAUUAUAAUGGAGUUUAUCUGUAAGUACCUAUACCGUGUUUUAUUAAUUUUUACCAUGUUCUCCGGCUAACUCGGAUUUUCGAUAACUCGGAUCGGCCGCAGUCUCGAUUAAUCCGACUUAUCGAGGUUCCACUGUAAUGUACCUAGGCAACUAAUUAUUUAGCCGCGUAUUAUUCGGAAACAACAUUUAUUUUUUUAAUUAUAAUUUUAAUCACGAGUAGUUGAUAAUUAUGUUUUUCUACUAAUUAAAAUAAAACAGGUCGUAGAACAAGUAUAGUAUUCUACUCGCAUGUAAUAGCCAUCAUUACUAGUCCAGUCGGGUUAGACGAAUAACAGGCCUAACCUUGCAUUAGGAGCUGCCCCGAAUUUUAUUUUUCUAAUCUUUAGGGAGGGUCAAUAUUAGUAUAAAUUUAAAAUCUCGACUGAAUUCCACCGUUGCGUUAGCUGCCAUCUUGAUUUUAAACGAGAGCCGUUUUUGCUCAAUAUCUCCGCCAUUUUCAAUUUUUUGACAAAAAGUAUAGAAACUGAAAUUGUUGAAAAUGCGAUUUUCUAUAAUUUCAUUUAUUAUAAUUUUUUUCGUGCGGUCGAUAUUUUCCGAGUUAUGAGGGGAAAAUAGUGAGAGUUGGAGCAUAAUUAUUGAAUUAUCUCGUUUAUUAUUAGUUUUACAACAAAUAUGUACCUAUACAAAAAUGAAGAUAAUUAAAUUCUACACAAUUUUGGUCUCUUUCAUUUUUUUGCUAAAAUUAAUAUUUAAGGUAGUACGUAUGCGGUAAUGGCGCGAGCGUAAGACCGGAUUGAUUUUAUAGCAAUUGUUUUUGUUCAAUAUCUACGCCAUUUUCAACUAAAAUUGUUCAAAAUAUAAUUUCCUACAAUUUCUUUUUAACAAUUUUUUUCAUGCGGUUGAUAUUUUCCGAGUUACAUGGGAAAAUAGUAAAAAGUGGUGGGGGGAGCAUAAUUAUUGAAAUGAAUUUUGUUUCCGAGCUGCCCCAAAUUUUAUAAUUCUAUCCUUUAGGAGAGAUCAAUAGUAGUGUAAAUUUAAAAUCUCGACUGAAUUCCGCGGUUGCAUUAGCCGCCAUAUUGAUUUUAAAUGAGAACUGUUGUUGCUUAAUAUCUCCGCCAUUUUCUACUUUUCGACAUAAAUGGUGGGAAAGAAAAUUGUUGGAAAUGCAAUUUCCUACAUUUUUUUGGCACAAUUUUUUUAUACUAUCAAUAUUCUCCGAGUUAAGGGGGAAAAUAAUGGAAGCGGAGGGGAAGCAUAAUUAUUGAAUUGUCUCAUUUAUUAUUAACUUUACGACAUAAUUGUACAUAAACAAAAAUAAAGAGAAUUAUAUUUUAUACAAUUUUUGAAACUUCCAAUGAAACAUCAAGCAAACUAAAUAUAUAAAAGACAUAAAAAGACAUUAUAUGCAUUAAGUUCACUUAAUUUUAUUAACUAGCGGGUUUUAUUGGUUGAAUUUGUCUAUCGAUAUUUUAAGAUUUAUGUCAGCUAAUAUAUCGUGAUGUUUCAUCAAUUUUUUUUUAAAUUUUGGACCCUGUUGGGGGGAAUUUUCCCAUUUCCCCCCUUGUAGACACGCCACUGGUUCUCUCUUAAAAUUGUAGUAAAUCGUAAUUGCAACAAUUUCAGUUCUUACACUUUUUGUCGAAAAGUUGAAAAUAGUUUAAUGCUGAAUGAAAGAUUACAUUAUUACUGAGGGCCGAAAUUUCGUUAGAAUAAACAAAAAAAUUUUUUUAAUGAAAUAUUUUAAAUUAAAAAUCACACUAAAUUAUCUUUUUUUCACCCAUCUAACUUAAAUUAUUAAAAUUAUUAAAAUAAGGUUACAUCUCCAGUAGGUAGGUUAUGCGAAUUAGCUUUCUUAAAACCUUCCAUUUUAUUUAUUUAUUUGUACCACCCAAAAUAUGUCCUUAGAAACAGUCUAUCCACUUUAAACUAAACAAAUUCACUAUAAAACUCCACUUAGCAAUGAUAAAACAAGAAGAGAACAAAAUAAAAUGAAGAACUUGAACUAACGUCAAACAGGUAAAUAAUAAAACUGUUGAAAUGGCGCGCGCUGGAAUAUACGACUAGUGACGUCAGAAGCGUUCUCUAGGAUUUCAAAUAAUACUAGAUUUAAGAAUAAUACAUUUAAGAUAAUACUAGGUGUCAGGGGAUGGCAAGAGACUCGAAUUGAAUCAAAACGAAACGAUUAUUUUGUUUUUUGUUAUACCUUACUCGGUUUAAGAGUACAAAUGACCACGUUUCAUUAAAGUAAUCUGCGACGCAUUAUUGGAGUGUUCUCCUAGCGGCGCCGCUUGGUACUACUGUAUCUCGGUUAACAGAUUACUGACUCAUGGUCGAAAUUAUUUUCACUCAAUACUAGAUUUCUAAUGAAGUUUUUUUUUAUAGACAGGCUUUUUAAUUUUCUUUAUAUUGUAGACAAUUAUUCCUAGGAUGUUUCUUAAUCGUUUUACAUGUCUAAAAUGACUACAUAUUUAAUUUUUUGUGAACAUCUCUAUUGAACUGAUAAGAAAUAUGUGAGAUUUAAGUUGCACUUUUAAGCAUCUGUGUUGGAAUAUAAUAGGUAUGUUUCUUUGUUUUCUAGUGUAACACUUUCGAGUGUAGGUUCAAUGACAUAUAAUAAAGGUAGACUCCGGAACUGCUGUAGAAGGUGGGAUCAACAUGAUUAUCUCGCCGAGGUAAUUUUGUUUAUUGUCUUACGUACGUAAAGAUUUCUACGACUUCGUAUCAAAACAAUAAACAUAACCUCUGCGAGAUAAUUGUGUUAAUCCCACCUUUUAAGGCCGUACUAUGCAUUUUCUUGUAUCGUUUCUGAUAUUAGAAAGUUAUAUACAUUUUCUUGUAUCGUUUCUUGUACGUACAUUUGUGCCCUAUAUGACACUAUGCAAGUUCUUGUAUCGAAAAUUGUAUGUAAUUCGGCACGUGAUUGGCCCAAAAUUUUGUUUGCCACCCUGUGUCACGUUACAUUGGUAUGGUAGUACUGUGUCUACAGCUGAUUUUAAGGACUUUAUAAAAUUGAUAAACUUUUAAAAACUUAUAAAUUUAACAUUUUAAUUUUUAACCAGAAUUUUUACAUUGACUGUUUGACGUUGAUUAUUUGUGUUUUUAUUUUGUUUUGAUAUUUGUGCUAAAAUAUUUGCAUUAGAAUUAUCUUCAGUUUGAUCCAAUUAGGAACUAUUGUAUUUUCCUCUAUUAAAAAAUUAUGCAGCACAAUGAAAGUCAAAGUUAUAUGUUGAACUUUAUAGGAGCUAAAUAUACCUAUGGUUAGUAGAACUGUAGUCCAUAUAUUAAGUAUCAAUAAAAGAUUUAUAAAUAAUACCUACAAAAACACAAAUAAAUUCAUCAAGACAUAAAUCAUAUGAUCCCAUUAUUAUCCCAUUAUGUCAUUUAGAUGUUUUACCAGCAGGUUUUACGUUUUUGCUCUUUGCGCAGAAAUUGGCGCAGUUCUUGUACAAGAAUCUGUGUCUGACACAAAUUCUUGUAUCUGUGUAUGACACUAUGCAUUUUUUUGACAUAUCAGAAACGAUAUCAGAAAUGAUACAAGAAAAUGCAUAGUGUCAUACGGCCUUUACAGCAGUUGUAGAGUCUACCUUUAUUAUACGUCAUUGAACAUUGAAUAAAAAGAAGUAUUUGCUUUUACUUACAAAUAUUUAAGUAUUUACUUAAUAGUAAUUGAAUAAAGUCAUUUCUUUAAUGCUUUAUUUUAUUACUAUUAAGUAAAUACUUAAAUACGAGGAAGUAAAAGCAAAUACUUCUUUUUAUUCAAUAGACCCCUUGUGUGUAUAGUUAGGUACUUAAAGAUCGAUCGAUGUACGUUUCUGUAAAUUUUGUACCAAUUUUUAUUGUUAUCGGUAAGUGUAUUUGUGAACAAUAUUAGAAAAUACUUAGUAUUACAGUUGUAACGAAAAUAUUAUUAAAAUUAAUAAA